AUGCCUUCCGCCAUCGUGAUCAGGCAAGUCGAAGGCAAGCCAGGAAAGGUCUACUACCCACUCGAGAAGAUAACUGUCCCGGAGCCCAAGCCGAAAGAAAAUGAAGCCCUCAUAACCCUCACCGCCGCCGCGCUCAACCACCGCGACCUCUUCAUCCGCCAACACCUCUACCCCGGCACAACCUUCGGCGUGCCCCUCCUCGCAGACGGCGUCGGCAUCGUCACUUCCGCCGGCGCAUCCCCCUCGGCACAAUCAUGGCUCAACAAGCGCGUCUUGCUGAACCCGGGUACGGGCUGGAAGGACAGCAUGGACGGCCCCGAACACCCCAAGGGGUAUGCGAUAAUGGGCGGCACGAAGAGCAAUCCCGCAGGCACACUGCAAGAUGUCUGCGCGCUCGACGCCGGUGAACUGGAGGAAUGCCCCGACCAUCUCAACGACGAGGAGGCUGCUGCGUUGCCUCUUACCGGUUUGACGGCGUGGCGCGCGUUCUGGGUUAAGAGUGGGAAUGCGAUGCCAGGACGGAAUAUCCUCGUUACGGGUAUUGGGGGCGGUGUCGCGCUUAUGGUGUUGCUGUUCGCUGUGGCACAAGGUUGCAAUGUCUACGUGACGAGCGGGAACCAGGAGAAGAUUGACAAGGCGGUCAAGUUGGGUGCGAAGGGAGGCGUUAUCUAUAAGGAGAAGGAUUGGGAUAAGAAACUUCAGGCCAUGCUGCCCAAGGAGAGGAAGUAUCUCGAUGCUAUCGUUGAUGGCGCGGGCGGUGAUGUUGUUAAAGUGGGGAGUAAGAUACUCAAGGCCGGCGGCGUCAUCUCCAUAUACGGCAUGACCGUGUCUCCCAAAAUGGACUUCCUCAUGUCCGCCGUGCUGCGCAACAUCGAAGUCCGUGGCUCCACCAUGGGUUCGAGGAAGGAGUUUGCUGAUAUGGUGCGCUUUGUCAAGGAGAAGAAGAUGAAGCCUGUGGUCAGUCGCAGUGUGCAUGGUUUGGAUGUGGAGAAGAUUGAUACCCUGUUUGAGGAUAUGAAGAGUGCGAGUCAGUUUGGCAAGUUGGUUGUUACGCUGGGCCAGGGUAAGGCGACUACCAUGAGGAUUAUGCUGGCGCCCGACGAGCGCAUAUGGACCGCCCGUGUUUCUUUGUCCGGGGCCUGUAUGAAACUAACGGAUCUAAAGCAGGAUGGCUACUCCAAAGAAGGCGAGGCGACAGCUACAUGCUAUUGCGGAGCUGUACAACUAGCAUUUCCAACCACCGCCCCGGGCCUUGUAGACACCUUCGUCUGCCACUGCACCGAUUGCCGAAAGAUCACAGCGUCAGCUUUUACCUCAGCCUUCAUUGUCGCGGCUUCAGCUGUCAAGCACAUUCGCGGCCAAGACAAUCUGAAGAAGUUCUCACAGUCCCAGACGACUGCUUCUGGCCAGGCGAUGACGAACUGUUUCUGCGAUACAUGUGGAACGCUCAUGUACCGACUGACUGAGCGGCAUCCCGAAUUUAUUUUAAUGAGGCUUGGCACCGUCGACGAUCUGAAUCUGAUGGAGGGCUUACUGAGACCCAAGCGAGAGGUCUACGUCAAGGACAGGGUGAGUUGGGUCCAUGGAGUGGAAGGAGCGAGGCAGAGUGAGAUCAUGGAGUAG